AUGGCGGACCGUAAGGUUCUUGUCAAGUAUUACCCGCCUGAUUUCGACUUUGACAAAUUACAGGCGAAGAAGAAGGCGCUUCGAAUUCACCAGCAGCAACUAAAAAGACGCAGAGGAGAUGUCUUCGAUCCGCCACAGAAAAAACACAGAAACAAAAUCAUGAACGUUCGCAUGAUGUACCCCUUUACACUCAAAUGCGGAACUUGCAGCGAAUUCGUCUAUGUCGGCACAAAAUUCAACUCCAGAGUCGAGAAAGUGGAGGGAGAAGAUUACUUGGGAAUAAUCAAAUGGAGGUUCUACGGACGAUGCCCGCAUUGUCGAGCUGAAAUUUGUUUUAAGACGGAUCCGCAAAACUGCGAUUAUGUCUUGGAAUGGGGCGGCACGAGGAUGUGCGACCCGCUGCGUGAUCAGGCGUUGGCUGAGGAGCGCAUGCAGAAGGAAGAGGAGGAGAAGUUGGCGACGGAUCGCGUCUCGCAGGUAGAGGCCUCACGUCAGGGUCUACAGCAGGAGAUAUUAGCGCUGGAGCAGCUCGCGGAGCUGCGGCGUUUGAACCGGCGCCUGCUGGAUAAGACGGCGGCUUCUGAUGCCGCGUUGGCUUUUCUUAAAGAGCGACGCAUAAAGGAAGAUGGAGAAGACGAUGCAGCGACACAAGAAUGGACUGAAAUCGAGAAAAAUGAACUGACAUUCUUCAAAGCAGCCAGAGAAUUCGACUCAGACCCUCAAUCCUCAGAAGAGGAAAUAGAGGAAAGAAAGGAUCACCAGGCUGCUGAGGGAGAGACGCCAGCAGGAGCAACCAGCAACUCAUCGAGCAGCAGCAGCAGCAGCAGUAGCAGUAGCAGCAGCAGCAGCAGCAGUAGCAGUAGCAGCAGCAGCAGCCGCAGUAGCAGCAGCGGCAGUGGCAGCAGCAGCAGCAGCAGCGACCAUGUGGAUAGAAGAGCGAGCAUCAGCAGCUCAAGCACUACCAGCACAAACAGAUCAUCGAACAGCGGUGGGAGUGUGGUUGAUGGAGCGAGUAGUAGUGGCUACAGUUCUCGUGGGGGUCUUUCUUCAGGGGGUUCAAUUCGCCCGGCACAAACGCAGCAGCAACAGCAACAGCAACUGCAGCAGUAUUGGCCCUUCGGCCCCACAGCAUCCCAGACGCUGGGAGUUCUCAUUCGUCGUCUUGAUGCUGCACGAGGCAGCAAAGAGGCUCCAACAGCAGCAGCAGCAGCAGCAGCAGAUAACAGGCCUUGCUUUGUCCUCUUCAACGGAGACGCGACAGAACUCGACCCCGAGGCCCUCCUAGCCCCUCACAAGGCAGCAGCAACGACAGCAGCAACAGCAGCAGCAGCAGCAGACUCUGCUGCAGCAGCCGCGCAAUCGUCUUUCCGUGUCUUCUCCUUUUGGCAUAACGCAGGGGCCCCCUCGGGCCCUCCACUGCAGCAGACUCCCGAUGGUGCUUCUGCCUCUAUCCCCUCUAGCAAGAGCACCGAGCACACUUCCCCAAUAGUAUCAGCAACAGCAACAGCAGCAAAAGCAGCAGCAGCAGCAGCAGAGGAAACACCAGUUGUGCUGCACCUGCCCGCGGUGCCUGGGGGAUGGAGCUGUCAAACAGACGCAGAGGCCCUGGAGAGAAGUGCAGUAGCUGGGGCUGCUGUUGCAUGCGGCGAUUUGCUGCUGCUGCCGCUCUCUUUAGGGGCUCUGGAAGGCCCCUGGUCGUUGCUGCCGCAGCAGCAGCCUCUGCCUCUCCUCUUCUCCGCGCUGCAGCUGCAGCUGCAGCUGCGCUCGCUGCAGCAGCAGCAGGGCUCACCUCCCCAGUCUCUCUCCGUCGCAGCAGCAGCAAACCGAACGAAGCCUCUGGUGGUGCUGGUCAAUGACCCCGUCUAUGCAAACCCCACAUCCCCAAGAACUGGAAGUGAAGGCGCAGCAGCAGCAGCAGAAGCAGCAGCAGCAGAAGCAAAAGCAGAGGCGCUACGCCUCACCGUUGCGCGUGCAGUCCUUCGCGUUUUAGAAACCGAAUGGAGGGCAGUCGCCCUCGAGCUAGGCAUGAGCGAACCAGCAGCGCAGCAGCAGCAGCAGCAGCAACAGCAACAGCAGCAACAGCAACAGCAGCAACAGCAGCAGCAGAAGGAGCUUAUGCCUGCUCUGCGAGAUUUGUUUUCUGUGCAUGUUGUUUUUCUAUCAAGAUCAAAGAGGACUAAGUUGCCCUCGCCGCCUUCGCUGACUGCACUGGGAGCGACGGAAGCAGCAGAGCUGCAGCAGCGCCUCAACUCGCUGCUGUCUGUACACCGCACGAGAGACAAGGAAAGUACAGUGCAAAGUGGCCAACCUCAGCAGCAGCAGCAGCAGCAGCAGCAGCAGCAUGGGGAGCAACGGGGGCUUGGUGCUGCAGUUGGAGAGAGAUCAGGAGGCAGCAGCAACAGCGCGUUGCUGUUGCUUGACGAUGCUGCUGCAGCCUGUCGGGCUCUACUUGCUGUGCCGGAGGGUUCUCUGUCUUCUUCACGUUCUCCUGUGCCCGCGGAAACAUCUGCAGCAGCAGCAGCAACAACUGCAGCAGCAACUGCAGCAGCAGCAGCAGAGGCAGGAACGCUUAGCGCUGCUGCAGCACUGGAGUUUGAUGCUGAAAUGUACAGAAGGGAACUCCUCGCCAAGUUCCGGUCAGAGCUGGGGGAGGCAGAUGGCCCUAAAGAGGGUUUGGAGUUGCUGGGGCGUUUGUUGGAGGAGUUCGACAGAAAAUGCAAAUUGAGCGCAAGGCAAAAUGCAGCGGCGAGGGGAAUAAGAAAAGAAGAAGAGGAAGCUGAUGCAGCAGCAGCAAAGAAGGCUGUCGCAGAAACCAGAAAAGCCUUUGAAAAUGAAGCUAUUAAAGAGCUUCGCACGCUGCACCGCCUGCAGCUGGAGGCCCUCCGUCUGCUGUCUGCACGGCGUUUCGAGUUGCUGCUGCAGCAACUCCUUGCCGGCAAAGCAGGCCCGCAGCAGCAGCAGCAACAACACCCCAAUCUCUACGAGCUCACCAACCGCGUCUCCAGCGCAGUGCUGCAGACGGCAAAUAAUUUGCAGCAAUUCAUUCGCGACCAUCAUACUACGAUGGGCCCAGAUGCGACAAGAAAGCUGCUUCUGGAAGACCCAGAAAGCGCAAUGCAGCACCAGCAGCAGCAGCAGGGGCAGCAGCGGGGGCGGCACCAGCACGAAGCAGCAGCUGCGCGGGAGUUGUUGGGGGCUGUGGAGCGUCUUGCUGCUGAAGAGCGUCGCCUGCUGCUGAAGUCUCUGCGGGAAAUUGCUGCUGUUGCGCUGCAGCAGCAAGAGCUGCUGGAGCUGCAGCAGCAGCGCCAGGCAGGCCUGGGCCCCUUACAGCGUCUUCAAAGGAAAGCUAUGAACCGAUUCCUAGCGACUGCUCCUGGGCGGGCGGCGUUGGGGGGUGUGCGGCGGCUAAACAGUGCAGCAGCAGCAACAGCAGCAGCAGCAGCAGCUCAUAUAGGACAGCUGCCGCUGCUGCAUCAGUUGCUGCAGUCCCCUUUAGCGGCCUGGUGGAGACAGCGAAAGCCCAUUGAUAUUUCUUUUCAUUAUUUGAGUCCAACGGCCUUUGGCUUGUCUCCCGUACGGAAUACAGUGACGCUGAAUGAGCCCUGGAGAGGCAAGCUGCAUGUGCAGCCGCUUGCCAGCUGGACAGACACUGAACUCUUGCCUCAUGAAAAGCUGCUGCCCCCUGUCGCGUCUGCAGCAGACCUUCGCCGGCUGAAGGAGGACCUUGCGAUGAAUCCGCCGGAGACCGGCUAA